AUCUCACAACUCAGAAUGGGAAGAUCUGACUAUAAUUCUUCUUCUGAUGAAAUGGAGGAUGAUAAAAUAAAUACAGGGAAUAAUGAUCUUGAUGCUGAGUUGGAUCUCUUCGACAAUCCCUACAAAAGGAAGAGAUCUACAGACAAACAAGCAGAUAAAGAGGCAGCUUUGUAUGGUGUAUUUGGAGAUGAAUACCCUAAAGCUACAAACCCUGUAAAGGGAGAUAGGAAGGAUAUAUCACAGGCGCCACAGUUCGUUAGCACACACAAACCAGAAACUCACGAUGUCAUACACGAUCUAGAAGAACAAGAAGACGGUUCAUCAGCUUCAUAUUCCUCAUCAGAUGAAGAAGAACGUCCAAAAUUGGAGAAAGAAGAUGAUUACAUUGACGAGGAACCUUCAAAGCCACAUAUGGGCUCACAACAUAAGCAGAAAAGCUCAGGUCUCUUCAGUAAACCAGCCGAGCAAGUCUCGAGGGCAGAAUUGAGCAGAGAAGACGAGAAACAUUUCGCUUCUAUACAGAACUCCUUCGGUGCUAAGAUGCUCGCCUCUAUGGGUUGGAAAGCUGGGUACGGUCUCGGUGAGGGUGGUAAAGGUAUAGCUGUCCCUAUAGAAGCCAGCAAAGCGCGUCCACAGGGUGCUGGUGUCGGUGCAGUCAAUGAACGUACCCGUGCACAAAAAAUGGAAGCUAAAAGACGCGGUGAGAAGGUCUCUGAUGAUGAGGAAGCUAUCAGGGAUAGGCGCAAGAAGGGUGAGCAGAAACAGAAAGCCGCAUGGAAGACCAAGCAACCAAAACAAAAGACAAAGACACAGCAUAUGACUUAUGAAGAAGUCCUUGAAACUCUUGGUGAUCAGCCACAAGUAGAAACUACUGUUGGGCCUAUAUUAGACCUUACCGGUGCACAACCACAAGAAGUCACAAGUUCGCUUGCAUCACACCUAUCUGGAUGGACACCUACUAGUGAUUCCAAUAAGCUACCAGAACUACGACAUAAUAUCCGUCUAAUUGCUGAUGAAAGCCGAGGUCAGCUAGAAGGACUAGCGCGAGAGGCCAAGGUUAUAAAUGACAGACGAAAAGCAUUAUUAGAACAAGAAAAGGUUAUUGUGAAAACAGUUGACCAUGAUCUAAUGAGAAUAGAAAGGAUGAAAUCCAUUGAGAUUGCCAUUGAAAGUCUAGAGAAAGUAUCAAAAGAAAUAUCCACAUUAUCAACGCCAAUUUUGGAUCUAUUCACAGAGCCAAUUGUCAAUUUAGUGAGGAAUUACAGCAAAGAGUAUGAAGAGUACCGUUUAGAUGAAGCAGUCGUUGGUGCUAUAGCACCCUCCUUCAAGUUAUUAAUUGGAAGAUGGAUGCCGCUAAGUGACGAUGAAAGCAGUUCUACAAAUUGGAUUGGUGAGCUAAGGAAGUGGAAAAAAGGAUUAAUCAUGAACCAUUCUCCCACUGACAAGCAAUCUCUCGUGCGUUUAAAUGAUUUUAACGAUGAUUUCAAGCCUCAAGUAUCGACAAAGCCGACUAUAUUCGUGAUGACGCCUUAUGAAUCACUCAUCUGGACAUGCUGGCUACCACGGCUACGAGCUGGUCUUAUCAAUGAUUGGGAAGCAACCACACCUUCAAAAGCAACACGAGUGCUCGAGGAAUGGACAGAUCUCCUACCUCAAUUUAUAUACGACAACAUGAUGGAUCAACUUUUGUUGCCGAAAGUGAUGAAAGUUAUUGACAAUUGGAAACCUUCCUCUGAGCACUCUUUGCACAGUCUCGUUUUCCCAUGGUUGCCAUAUUUAGGUGACAGACUAUCAAACAUUAUGGAUUUAAGCAAACGCAAAUUAAGUUCAUGGCUUAAAGGCUGGCAAGUUGAUCAAGGUCUCCCUAAGGAUAUGCAGAUCUGGAAGGGUGUUUUGAAGAGUAAAGAAUGGGAUGAGUUGAUGUUAAGACAUGUAGUUCCAAAACUUUCAUCUCAUCUUCGCGAAGAGCUUGUCAUCAAUCCUCGUAGUCAAGUCCACGAACCACUUGAGAAAGUACUUGAAUGGAAAGACACGAUACGAGUCAAAGUCUUUGCUAGUAUUUUCAGCAACAUAUUUAUACCAAAGUUCGUCGAUACUCUCUAUAUCUGGCUUGUAUCGCCCAAACCAAAUUACGAGCAAGUUGCUCAAUGGUACUCAUUAUGGAAGGGCUAUUUUCCCGAUUUGCUACUUGCUGAUACAAACUUUAGCGAAGGGUUCAAGAUAGCCCUCGAUUUGAUUAAUCAGGCGAUGGGCUUGGGUGAUGAAGCGCCAAAAAGACUUAUAAAACCAAUCAUCAACAUCGGUGAUAAAAAGAAGGCGCCAAAGAAGGAGCGUAGAGAACACAAGGAAGCGACAUUCUUUGAUGUGGCUAAAGAAUUCAUUGAAGAACACAACCUUCUCUUGGUCUCCACAAGAUCGCUGCACCGGAAGGGACAUAUGCUUUACAAAGUGUCUUCAAACGCUAUCGGCAAAGGGGGUGUAACUGUAUAUAUUGAUGACGAUGCCGUAUGGGUAGAACCGGAAGUCAGUGGGCAAGACAAAACCCAUCAGGAUUUCAUUCCGAUGACCUUAGAGAUGGUCGUACAGAAAGCGAUAAGUCAUGAAUAAUGUAUUUAUACAAUUAUAUAAUCAUACGUAUCAUAUCGUUACGAACUGCAGCUGCAUUGAUAUCCCAAG